AUGACGUCCUGCGUGGUGCAAGUCCAGGAGCUGUCCCGCCGCCUGCUCAAGCGCGUGCGGCCGUCGCUGCCCGCCAGCGCCGGCGUCGAGGACCUGGGCGCCGCCGCCCGCGAAUCGGCCACCAGCGAGGCGCUGCUCAAGGUCUGCAAGCGCCAGAUCGAGUCGUCCCCCCGCGCGUCCAUGGCGGCCGUCGACCAGGAGGAGAUCGUCGCGGCCGCGCCCGUUAUCGAGGCCGCCAUCGACACGACCGCCACUACGCAUUGGCCCAGUGUCACCGGCUGCGAGAACGUGCGCAAGGCGCUCACGUUCCUGCAGACCUCGCGCCAGCACGCGCUCAUGCUCAUGCUGCAGAACCACUGGGAGCGCGCCAUGAGCGUGCUCGAGAAGAUCGAGAAGGCCACUGAGAGCGUCAGCGAGAAGCGGCGACAGGUCGUCAUCCAGCAGGCCAACGCCGGCCGCAACGUGCUCGUGGAGAAGAUCCAGGAGCUCGAGCUCGCCGCCCCGCGCCGCGCCGUGCGCUUCAACGACGACGUGGCCGUCGCCUUCGCCGAGGACAUGGACCGCAAGGGCGACGACGUGUCCGAGCCCGUGCGCGAGGAGAUGCUCGUGCUGCGCGCCUCGCGCAAGAUCCCGCAGGAGAACCUCUCGGAGUUCUGGAACGAGUGA